GCCGGGGUGCCUGUGCUAGAGGCGGUGUGUCGCUUUUUAUUGUUCCAGUAGAAAGCCCCAUGCACGGUUUCCCUCAUUUGUCUCAAUGGCUACCACACAGAAACCACGUCCCACCUGAGAGGGAGCGACUCGGCCGCUAAAGGAGGACUUUAUCUUCACCUAAAACUUCAACACAACACUGAGUGGGAUUUCCUGUCUGCGUUGGAAAUACAAAAAGCUCUCACAGACGGACAAUCUGUGGAUCCCGAAGAAAGCGAGGGGACGGGCUUGCAGUUUUAGAGCCACUGAAUCGUAGCGUCCGUCAACAUGGUGGAACCAGCCGACAGGCCGUCGACAGCCGGGCAGAGGCUAGGAGCGCCUGAGAGUUUCGGGGUGUCCACUCUGGAGCCCGGCCUGCGCCCUCCAGCACAGCCUCCAGGAAAACAAGUCUCUAUCAGGGUUCAGAUGCUCGAUGACACUCAGGAGGUAUUCCAGAUUUCGCAACGCUCCCCUGGCAAAGUGCUGUUUGACCUGGUUUGCGUCCAUCUCAAUCUCUCAGAGGGAGACUACUUUGGACUGGAGUACCAAGACCACCGCAAGAUGACGGUGUGGCUGGACCUGCUGAAGCCGACACUGAAGCAGAUCAGACGGCCUAAAAACACCAUCGUCCGCUUCGUGGUGAAGUUCUUCCCUCCUGACCACACACAGCUCAUGGAGGAGCUGACUCGGUAUCUCUUCGCCCUGCAGAUCAAACGUGACCUGGCCUGCGGUCGCCUCAUCUGUAACGACACCAGCGCCGCCCUCAUGGUCUCUCACAUCAUCCAGUCUGAGAUCGGGGAUUUCGACGAGACCCAGAGCUGGCAGCACCUCCUGCACAAUAAAUACCUGCCCGACCAGGACGCCAUCAGAGAUAAGAUCACCGACUGCCACCGCAAGCAUGUUGGGCAGACUCCUGCAGAAUCCGACUACCAGCUGCUAGAAAUCGCCCGGCGAUUGGAGAUGUACGGCAUUCGUCUGCAUCCGGCAAAAGACAGAGAGGGGACAAAGCUCAGCCUGGCUGUAGCGCACACCGGAGUGCUGGUUUUCCAGGGUUACACUAAAAUCAACGCCUUUAACUGGUCCAAGGUUCGAAAGCUGAGCUUCAAACGCAAAAGAUUCCUGAUCAAGCUGAGAGCUGACCCUGCUCAAAGUGCUCACCAUGACACCCUGGAGUUCGCCAUGGCAAGCAGGGACUGCUGUAAAGUUUUCUGGAAGAUCUGCGUCGAGUAUCACGCUUUCUUCCGGCUCUUUGAGGAGCCUAAACCUAAACCCAAGCCAAUCCUUUUCACCAGAGGAUCCUCCUUCCGCUUCAGUGGGCGAACCCAGAAGCAGAUCAUCGAUUAUGUGAAGGACUCCGAGCUCAAAAAGGUCCCAUUUGAAAGGAAGCACAGCAAGAUCCUGUCUAACUUCAGCCCAUCUCCUCAGUCAUCUUCCUUUAGAUCACAAGUGCCAAAAGAGAGUGCCAUGUCUGUCCCGCUGGCAGAUGAGCCUGACUCAUCCAGACUUAGCCACCAAGCUAAUGGUUCAGAGGACCCACCAGCAGCCGCAUCCUCCACCAAUGGCUACCACGAUGCCGACCCAGCUCAGUCCAAACAGAACCACAAUGGCACCGGCCUGGCACCGGACCCACAUUUCCUCAACCCAGAAAGUCCCGGUUCAGAGGACUCUCCAGCAGGAAGUCCCCAUGUGGUCGUGAACGGCAAUGGUUCCGUGCAUGGACAAGUCAUGGGCGGCAUCCUGCACGGUACAGGUCAGAGUCCUGAGAGGCAGCAGCUGUCGCCUCUCACUAGCCCGCUGCUCACUGACGCUGGAUGUGUCCGCCAUGAUGAUGAAGAGGAGGCAAGGAGGAAGAAGUUUCCCACAGAUAAGGCCUACUUUAUAGCCAAGGAACUUUUGACGACUGAGCGGACCUACCUCAAAGACCUUCAGGUCAUCACAGAGUCUUUCCACAGUGUUGCAGAAAAGGAAGACACAUUCCCAGACUCUGUUAAGAACCUGAUCUCCUCCAACUAUGAUCCGGUCUACAAUUUUCACCAGGGAUUCCUCAAAGAAGUGGAGCAGCGGCUCGCACAGUGGGAGGGUCGCUCCAACGCACACAUUAAAGGAGACUACCAACGAAUUGGUGACAUUCUUCUGAAGAACAUUCAGGGCUUAAGGCAGUUGACGAUUCAUCUUCAGAAACAUUCAGAGUGCCUGGUUGAACUUGAACGAGCUUGCAGGUCCAGUCGUAAGGUCGAGGCCGCAUGUCGAGACUUCGAGCAGCAGCGAGUCUGCUACCUCCCCUUCAACAUUUUCCUCCUCCGCCCUCUGCACCGUCUUUUACACUACAAACUCAUCUUGGAGCGCCUCUGUAAGCACUACCCACCCACCCACGACGACUUCAGGGACUGCAGAGCUGCACUGGCAGAUAUUUCAGAGAUGGUGCUGCAGCUUCAGGGCCCCAUGAUGAAGAUGGAGAACUUCCAGAAGCUUCUAGAGCUGAAGAAAGACCUCACUGGCAUCGACAUCCUCUCAGUCCCUGGGAGGGAAUUCAUCAGGCUCGGCUGUCUUAGUAAACUCUCAGGGAAGGGUCUUCAGCAGAGGAUGUUCUUCCUGUUCAGUGACUCGUUGGUGUACACGAGUCGAGGGAUGACGCCAUCCAAUCAGUUUAAAGUUCACGGCCAGCUGCCCCUAUACGGCAUGACGAUCAGAGAAAGCGAGGAGGAGUGGGGCGUCCCUCAUUCGUUCACCUUAUUCGGACAGCGCCAGUCUGUAGUAGUGGCAGCAAGCUGUGCGCCAGAAAUGGAACGGUGGGUUGAAGACAUCAGGAUGGCCAUCGACCUGGCGGAGCAGAGCAGCAGCCCCAACGCUGACCUGCUGUCCACUAGUCUCUCUGAGAACAAGCUGUCUGAGGAUGGUGGAGCUGAUCUGGAGUCCGAGGAGGAGCUCGGCGGCUCUCGCUCUUCUCUGGAGCGUCAGGGCCACCGUGGGAACACCACUGUGCACGUCUGCUGGCAUCGCAACACCAGCGUGUCCAUGGUGGACUUUAGUGUGGCUGUAGAGAACCAGCUGUCAGGUAACCUGCUGAGGAAAUUUAAGAACAGCAACGGCUGGCAGAAACUCUGGGUGGUCUUCACCAACUUCAGCCUCUUUUUCUACAAGUCACAUCAGGAUGACUAUCCUCUGGCUAGCCUCCCUCUGCUUGGCUACUCAGUCACGGUCCCAUCUGAGUCGGAAAACAUCCACAAAGACUACGUCUUCAAACUCCACUUCAAAUCCCAUGUCUACUACUUCAGAUCAGAGAGCGAGUACACAUUUGAGAGGUGGAUGGAGGUGAUCCGCAGUGCCACCUGCUCCGCCAGCCGCUCACUGCCCAGCACCAGAAAAGACCUUUAUUGAUGAAAUUGAUGAAUCCACCUCUCUUUAAGAGACUUCUAACUGCACAAACGCCACAAAAAGACUCUUAUUUUAGACACAGAAUCAUGUUGCACACAGCAGAUGGGCACUCAAAUCCACACACAUUAACACACAUCACUCCAGAGGUCGUCCCACUUCACCUCCUAUACGCACACUUUCUGCACCACUAGUGUCUGAUGCCAUUCAGCUUAUUUUCUGCAGCAAACUGGCAACACAAAAUCUAUCUGGAAUCUUAUUUCAUUUUAAUGUUGCUAAAGAUUUACUUAAGUUACAUCCCAUAUUUUCACUCGGAAACAAUUCUUUAUGAUGACAGAUAUGUAAUGAAAAAGAAAACUGUAUAUAAAAUUAAUAAUUAUGGACAUGUGAUCACAAUCAUGGUCUGAAGAGUAUUAUGUCUGUCAUUAUUAGAUGAAUUAAAUGUGUUGCCAGUUUGGACAACAUUAGAAAACAUCCAUCUUUUCUUUUUUGUAAUGCAACUUUUUGUACAGUAUUUGAUACACUGUGAAAUGUCCCUUUAUUUUCUCCUUCAUCCUUCCUACAUGCUUUUUAUUUACAAAGGACAGAAAAAAACUGCUUUCAACGCCAACAGAGAUUUCACCGGUUUGUUUGCCAACUAUCCUCUCUUCUGUAUCCUUCCAGUUUCUGGAUUUUAAUCUUCUUAAUAAAGAUGACAAACAGUUGUG